AAACCAACAGUGUCACAUAAUUAUAAUUGUAGUUUAUUGGUCAAAUAAGAGUUAAAAACGAUUUGUAUUUUUCAGAAUAGGUUUAUAUCGCCAUUACGCAUGAAAAUUUCACGUUGACUUGCAAAAUUAAAUUAAUAACUAAUAAGCGAUCACUAAUCUGGCUCUGCAUCGUGUUUCAUCCCAUGUCCACAAAGGCGGAUCUAGAGAAUAUUACAAGAGGGAGCACACACUAUUAAAUAACAAAAUUUUCAGCCAAAAAUGCAUGAGACAUUAAAAAUCUCUUAAGAUAAGACCAUUUGAGUUUCUUGAUUUCAAUAAUAUGAAUGAAAGUAAAACUUAUGCGUGUGGCACUUGCCCCACCUAGGUCUGUUCCUGGACUUGUCAUCACGUCGUUUUCCAAUUCACAGGUUUAUGUUCUUAAAAUGUCGAUAGGUUGAUCCAUGCUCUUGUUGAUUAUCUUAACAAAGAAAAAAUAGAAAGGUCUGUUAAGAGUCUCUAUCUGAACAUUUCUGUAUGUAACAGUGAUUGGAUAAAGAUGUAUUUACAAAUAUUUACAUAAAUUUACAGAAUUCUAACUAGUACAAUGAAUGUAAAUUCUUUAUAAAAAAAGAAGUGAAUUAGUACUGUUGGUCUAAUGGUUGAUUAAUAUUUUUCACUAGAUAUUAUACGGUUAGUUUUGAGUUAUUUUCUUAAGCUAAUAAAGAGAGUUAUUUUUAUACUUAAUCUUAUACAAUCUUUGAAUUCAAUAAAUGGUAUCAGAGCUUCAGGAAGAGAUGAGUGAUAUAGUCGUGAAAACAAAAGACAUUGGAAGAUCAUCCUUAAUUCAAUGUCCGAUGCUUACCUCAAAAAAUUAUACGGUGUGGGCUAUGAGGAUGAAGGUGUCACUUAAAGUACACAAGGUCUAGGAAGUUAUAGAAACAUAAUCAAACAUAAUCAAUCGAAGGAGACAAGAAGACAUGUCCAUCGCUUUAUUGUUCCAAUCCAUACCCGAGACGUUUAUCUUACAAGUCGAAGAACUUGAUACUUCAAAGAAAGUAUGUGAAGCAAUUAAGGCAAAGCAUGUAGGAGCAGAAAGAGUAAAAGAAGUUAGAUUGCAAACACUAAUGAAGGAAUUUGAUCGUCUCAAAAUGAAAGACACUGGGACAAUCGAUGAAUUUGGAGGAAAGUUAGCCGAAAUAUCAUCAAAAUCUGCAGUCCUAGGAGUAAGUAUUGAGGAAUCUAAGCCAGUUAAAAAAAACCCCAAAGUACUCUCUCACAAGAAGUAUAUACAUAUUGUGGCUUCACUAGAACAAGUGCUAGAUCUUAAUACCACCAGUUUCGAUGAUAUCAUAGGGCGUCUAAAGGCCUUCGAAGAAUGUUUCUUCAAUGAAGAAGAACCCCAAGAAGAUCAAAGUAAACUAAUGUAUGCAAACAUGGAGACUCAAAACGGUCAAUCAAGUUGAGAUUACAAUGGAGACUUUAGAAACAGAGUUCGAGGAGGGUGUUUCUAUUACAGGGGAAGAGGUCAUGGACGGUUUAAUGGAGAAAGAGACACAUCGGAGGUAAUGUGUUUUCACUGUGAUAAGUUAGGUCACUUUGUGUCUAACUGUCAUGAUCGCUUACAUAAGCUACAAGAAAUCUAGGAGACUGAUAACAGCGACACACAAGUACGGAUGAGCUUAUGAUGCACGCAGUAGUAUGCCUAAACGAGAAGAAUUUCAUACCAGAUAAGUUUGAAACAUAUACCGGUGAAGAAAGAAUAUGGUAUCUCGACAACGGUCCCAUCAAUCCUAUGACUAGGAGACGGAGGUAUUUUUCAAAACUUGAUAAUACAGUCACUGGAAAAGUAAGAUUUGGAGAUGACUCACACAUAGAUAAUAAAGGAAAAUGCACGAUAUCAUUUACUGACAUGCACGGCGAAUCGAGGAAGAUGACCAAUGUCUAUUUCAUCCCCGAUUUAAGAAGAAACAUUAUAAGUCUUGGUCCAGAUACAGAAUCAGGGUGCGAUAUAAGAUUGAGAAAAGAAUACCUAACAAUGCAUGAUCACAAUGGGAAACUACUUGUCAAAACAAAUACAUCAAAAAAUCGAUUAUAUAAAGUCUGUAUGGGAGUAUGAAACAUUGAGUUGCUACACCUAGCAACAAUAAGUGAGAUAACUAGAUGGCAUGUUCGAUUAGGACACAUAAAUCUUGAAGUACUAAAGUCUAUGAUAUGAAAGGAAUUGUUCAAAGAAUUCCGAGUGAAUGUUGAAAAUAAAUCUUUCCAUCAUGUCUACUAGGGAAACAAACAAGAAACAUUCUUUAAGCAACUACAUAUCGAGCAACGAAGACACUCCAGCUCAUGCAUGGAGACCUCUGUGGACUUAUAACACCGAGCACACCAGAGGGAAAUAAGUACGUUUUCGUCAUCACUGAUGAUUAUUCAAGAUACAUGUGGACAAUUCUCUUGAAAGAAAAGAGUAACGCCUUCGAGUUUAAGAAACUCAAGUGUCUGGUAGAGCAAGAAACAUGGACGAGUAUUGAGACCUUCAGGACAGAUAGAGGAAGAGAAUUCACAUUACAUGAAUUCAACUCAUUAUGUGACAUCUCCGGCAUAAGGCGGCAUCUCACCGCUACCUACAGUCCACAAGAGAAUGGUGGGUAGAAAAAGGAAAUGGAACCCUAAUAGAGAUGGCGAGAAGUAUACUAAAACACAUGCAUAUGCCAAACUAUCUAUGGGGAGAAGAAAUACGAAAUUCCACAUAUAUCUUAAAUCGCAUAGCCACAAGAUCUCUUAAAGAUAAAACUCCAUACAAAGUUUUUUGUAUGAAGAAGCCAAACAUUGAUCACCUCCAAAUUUUUGGGUGCCACGGAUAUGCAAAGAUAGAGAAGCCGCAUUUGAAGAAAAUUAGAUGACAGAUCACACAUGCUUGUUCAACUAGGAACAGAACUAGGGUCAAAAGCAUACCGAUUACUUGAACCGAAAACCCAGAAAAUAGUGGUAAGCCGCGAUGUGGUAUUUGACGAGACCCAGGGAUGGAACUGGAACCAAGCGACACAUAACAAGAUAAUAAUGGAAUUUUGUUCUGACUUUCGGAAGAUUUGGAAACCAAGGCAUACAAGAAGAUAUUGAAGGAGAGAUGACAAACAUAGAACCAGUCGAGAAUACUAAUGAAGAAACUCAUCACAGUAACAAUGAAGAUGAUGAUUUUGUGACUUCACAUGAAGACGAAACAGAACAGCCUCAAGUACCGCUGAGAAGAACAGAGAGGCAGAGUGUAAAGCCUAAAUAUCUUAAGGACUAUGUCUUAUUCGCAUAAGAAGAAUGAGAAAGAUUAAUAUUGUGUCUAAACAACGAGACAAGAGAUUUUUUUGGAAGCAAAAGAACACAGGAAAUGUAUACUUGCUUGAGAAGAUGAAAUCCUUUCAAUCGAGAAGAAUGAAACAUGGACGCUUUUCGAACUUCUAUUUAGGGUAAAGACAAUAGGAUUAAAGUGGGUUUCAAGCUAAAAUGCAACACAUAUGGCAUUAUUAAUAAAUACAAGGCUCGACUCGUCAAAGGGUAUGUACAACGUCAUGGUGUUGAUUUUGAUGAGCUCUUUUCUCUCAUAGCUCGACUCGAGACAGUACAACUCCUUAUCAAUCUCCCAGCAUCACAUGGAUAGGAGGUACAUCAUCUUGAUGUAAAAACUGCAUUCUUUCAUAGAGAACUAAAAGAAACUGUGCAUGUUACCCAACCAGAGGGGUUUGGAGUAAAGGGAAGUGAAAGCAAGGUUUACAAGUUAAACAAAGCUUUGUGUGGAUUGAAACAAGCACCGAGAGCAUGGAACCAUAAGUUGAAUGCAAUACUUACGGAAUUACAGUUCUACAAGCGUUCUAAAAAUCUCUCAGUAUAUCGAAAGAUGGUGAACAGCAAACUUCUUUUCGUAGCUGUUUAUGUAGACGGCCUAUUUGUCACCAGAACAAGUGUGAAUGUUAUCAACAAGUUUAAGAAGGAGAUGGCGUCCAAAUUUGAGAUGAGCGAUCUUGAAAGUUGACAUAUUAUCUUGGGAUUGAGGUAUGUCAAUACAAGGAAGGUCUAACGCUAAAUCAAAGGCGACAUGCAUCGAAGAUCUUAGAAGAAGCAGAGUUAAAGGACUGUAACUUAGCACACACGCCAAUGGAGUCCAGCUUAAAAUUGUCGAGAGGUAAGGAUGAGAAAGAUAUAUAGGCCUAGGGGUACAAAAGAAAUAUUGGAUGUCUCAGAUAUUUUCUUCACACACGAAUAGAUUCGUCAUAUUGCGUAGGAUCACUUAGUUGAUACAUGCAUGCGCCUAAAGAGUCUCAUGGUGCUGCAAUGAAGCAGUGUCUGAGAUAGUUUCAAUGAGCCACAAGUCUUGGAUUAACAUUUGGAUGCUCCAUUCGAAGUUACAAAGCUGAUUGGGUACAAUGAUAUCAGCCAUAACAUUGAUCCAGAUGAUGGAAAAAAUACAACUGGACAUAUUUUCUAUCUCGGUGAAUCACCAAUCACUUGGUGCUCACAAAAACAAGAUACAGUCGCAUUGUCAUCGUGUGAGGUUGAUUUUAUGGCAAGACCGAAGCAGCAAGACAAACAAUAUGGCUUCAAGAUAUACUUGGUGAAGUGAUUGGAUCAUCGUGUGAAGGGGUCGUGGUUAAGAAUUGAUAAUAUAUCAGCUAUUUCUCUAACAAAGAACCCGGUCUUCCAUGGUUGAAGUAAACUCAUACAUACAAGAUAUCACUUCAUAAGGGAAUGCGUUGAGAAUGGACAAGUGGAAGUCGAACAUGUUCCUGGUAGCAAGCAAAAUGCGGAUGUUUUAACGAAGACACAUGGAAGGAUCAGGUUCAAGGAGAUGAGAGAUCUCAUUGGGAUUCAAGAUGUGUCAAAAGAUUUUUCAAGUUUAAGAUUAAUAGAGAGAAUGUUGGUUUAAGCUUAAAUGGAUUAGGAGAAGGAAAUGUCUAAUACCUAAUAAGAUUAGAAAUAUUUAGAUUACUAUAUAACGAGAUGACAAGUUGUAGCAUAACUUAUGAAUUUUAGAAAUUGUGUCUGAGAAUUUAAGUUUUGAACUAUUUUCUUAAGCCAAUAAAAAGAGUUAUUCUUUGUACUUGAUCUUAUAAAAUCAUUGAAUUCAACAGACACAUCAAAAUAUUUGUGUAAGAUCAUUGUGAUUUUAACUUUAUAUAUUAAAGUUGAUGGAUACUACUUUCUACUGAUAUAACUAAAAUAAUUAAAACUUUAAAUGUGAAAAACAUUAACAUGCAAAAACUUUGUCAAAAACGAAAACAAAAAAUACAUUAACUUAUAAAGUGGGAUAGGCUUGAAAUCCUUUGGAAAAUAGAAAGGACUUGCACAGUUAAGAAAGAACUGAAAUGUUAUAGACGCCGGGCAUUAACAAGUAUUGGCGACAUUUGCACUAACUGGUUGUCUCAUUGAUAAAAGACGUCCCGGCUUCUAGUUGGAAAAUCACAAUCAUGCCAUAUAAUUUAUAUAUUAUUCUAUACUUAUUCGUUGUUAAAAAGGUAUAUGACGUUUUAGAAAAAAAUAUAUAUUCCAAAUUAGGAAGAAUUCAAUUUUAAUGAAUAAAUUUUAUGUUAUAUGACAUUUUAUAUUCUACUUUAUUGAUUGAAUAGCGUUAAAAUAGAUAAUUAAUAAUUUUUUGGUUCAAAAAUAAAAUAAAUGUUUUUAAAUUUAUGUGCAUGAUCCUAAACAUCAUCUAUUAGAAAAUGGAUAGUGUAUAUAACAUAUUAAUUAUAAAUGAUGCAAACAUCUUUUAAAUAGUGACAUUGUUCAAACAUCAAAAGCCAACCUACCACAAGACCCAUUGUAACCGUUGAGCAACCUCAAAUCUCAGUAAUGUUUCUCUUGUUCUUAUCCUAGCAUCUCCUCUGAUCAUACUACCAGUAUUGUUUCUUUCUUUUCUUAAAACACACACAAAAGUAGAUAGGAUUGUUGCAUGGACUGGAGACUCAUCAAGCCGGCAAAAGCUUGGUCCAUGGACCCCAGAGGUCUCACCCGUUCAAUCACCGGUCAUCAUGGUUCGAUAUUACAGCUACACCUCUGUCUCCUACUCUUCUCUGGCCACACUUCGGCUCAAGCCACUGAUGGCGAUUCAGAUAUGUAUGGAGAAAGCUUCCGGUUGGAUCCAAACAUGGUAAUACUCAUGAUUGUCCUAGUCAGCGUUUUCUUCACCCUCGGGUUUUUCUCCAUAUGUAUCCGUAAGUGGCUCGAGCGAGUCACUGGAAUGAACAACGCAAACUCCGUCGGCGCGGGUGGUAACAGGUUUUCUCUAAGCCGCCCACAGGCGCGUGGAAUCGACGCAUCAGUCAUUGAGACUUUUCCUACGUUCCGAUACUCAACGGUGAAGAUGCUCAUGAUCAUCAAAGAGGCCCUUGAGUGUCCUAUUUGCUUAAACGAGUUUGAAGACGAGGAAACGCUGCGUUUGAUUCCUAAAUGUUGCCACGUGUUCCAUCCCGAUUGUAUAGAUGCUUGGUUCCAGUCUCACGCCACAUGUCCUCUUUGCCGCGCCAAUCUCGUCCCCGUACUGGGAGAGACGGUUGUUUCUAUCCAGAUACCCGGUUUAGCUGAUGGUGCUCCUGGUUCUGAAUUAACCGGUGAUCGGACUACGGUUUUGGGUUCUCCGGAUGCAAGAUUGAUUGAUUCAGUGGCGUUGACAUGUAACCAGAGUAUGCCACGUAGGUCAAUGUCUACCGGAUGGAAUUUAGCCGGGAUUUUCACCAAUUCCGGAUGGACCGGUCAACAUGAGGAGAAUCUCGACCGGUUCACGCUUAGGUUACCGCGAGACAUUCACAAUAAGCUCGUGGACCCAAGCUUUUCAAAAUGCCACGUGACGUUUCCUCAGAUGAUGAGUUCAGCCAGAGGGUACAGAACCGGAAACCUAGAGACAGAUGCAAACUAUUUCUACUAUGAACGGUUCGACCAAGAUGAUCGGUUUGACCAAGAUGAUUGGUUUGACCAAGAUGGUCGGUUAGACCGUAGACCAUUCUCCAUAACUCCUCCGUACCGGACAUGUUCGAUAAAAUCACCGUUCGAUUGGUUGUGUCUUGAAAAGAACAAUAUCGGUGAACGUUCGUCCGAUCACCUUCGCUCCGGCCAUGAUAGCCCAUCUGUAGACCAAGUCGUGUAAUUGGUUAUUUGAGGAAGUCUCUCUCUAUAUAUAUAUAUAUUAUUUUUUCUGAAUUCUUCAUUUUCAGUUUUAAACUUUUAAUGUUGCCGAACGAGAUCCGCUCUUUGUUUUUUGUUUUGUUCUUUCCUUGGCCGAAUACAUAAUAAAAUCAUUUCGUCAGGAAAUAAAAUACAAAGCAAAAUUAGUAUGUGGUCUAAUCACUAAGGGUUUAUAAGAAGAUUAUCUUUGGAAGAGGCAAUGUCAUUCUUUAUAUAAGCUAUACAAUUGUUCUUGGCUACUUUAAUAACGUGCUCAGCAAGAAUGAGUUGAAUCUCAAGUUUGAAGGUCUCACUGAUACAAUUCAGGAUUGUAAACAAGUCUUUGAUGCAGCAAGUGCUGAUGUGCUAGCAAAACAACCAAAAUCUUGAAACGUACGAGGGUGUUCCAUUGUUAUCCCAAUUUUCUUAAACAUUAUGUCAGUGUUGACAAAUGAGUUAUAGUCUCCGAUUGGGGUUUAACUUUAACUUUGUUGAAAUUCUAAUUGAGUUUUAAAACCAUUUUUAUUUCACUCCACUCUAAAGGCUUAAAAUAUUGUUAAAGAAAAUUCAAAACCAAAAUAACAAAUUUUACUCUUAACAUGAUUUCUUUUUCUUAAAGCCACUAAUUCAUUACUUUUACUAUUUCUACAAAAAUGUUUAUUAUUUAGCAGUUAAUCAUCUCCAGGUGAAUCAAAACUCAUCCUCUGUUCUCAUUAUGAAUCUUGAUCGACUAAUUACUCACGGCUUUAUAAUCUCAAAUUUGGGACAGUGUAUCACUAAAAUAUUAUCACACUAAUUUAUCAAAUUACUGUUAGAAUCAUAUCUUAUGUUACAGCAUU